AUGCACUCACUCCCGGGGCCGACAGAUGAACAUGGGGCCCAAUCUCCCAAUUCACCCGAGGGACCUGCGAGCCCUACAUACUCCCUCGAGGAAUUGAGCCCGCCGCGCUACCAGGACAAAUUCUCUGGACGCGCGAGGCGAGCCCGCACCAGCGCCGACUAUGGCGAUCUCGAGCUAGGCAGUGUACCAUUACUACCAGCCGGGUACCCAGACGAGCUCCACGAUCUGGAUGACUCGGGCUCGGACUUUUUCGACUACGAGGAGCGGGACGAAUCCAGGCAGGACCCGCCGCUGUGCUGCACGUUCGCGCGCUUCUGCGCGUGGCUGCGCGGGCCGGUGCCACCCCACGUUUAUCACAUCAAGCCCUGGUUUCCGCGGUGGCAGUCUGCGCCGGCGCGCCUGGUCGAGCGGUGGGCUCCGCAGCGGCGAGUGAAAAUUGCUCUGCUUCUAGGUGGGCUGAUCUUUUGGAUUGCGGUGUUUUUUGCUUCGCUGCAAGCCUCCGUGGCCGGCCAGGAGGUUUUGGGAUAUGGGCAACCAGUCAAGCUGUCGUGUCACCAUCGCCUGUGGAGCAAUGCGACGGAUUGCGGUCUCAAUGGAGAUCUUUGCCUUCCGUUCGAUGAACAGUCGUUCGCUUUUAGCUGUCCGGCAGGCUGUGCUGCUGCGAUACUCCUAGAGCCGUACACCAUCGGCGACGAGGAGUAUAAUUAUCGACCUCUUGUUAUUGGAGGCAGACCCUUCAGGCUGGACGGCCUCAACAGUGGCAUCUACCGCGGCGACUCAUCCAUUUGUGCGUCCGCGCUGCAUGCAGGGAUGAUCAGCGACGCAAAGGGUGGUUGUGGCAUCCUGCAUCGACGUGGGGAGCGGAACAACUUCGAGAACUACACCAAGAAUGGCAUUGAGAGUAUCAAUUUCAAGCCCCAUUUCCCGAUGUCAUUCAUUCUGAGCCGACAGGCGUCUUCAUCGGGGCCGAGCGACGCGAAGCUGGUUGAGUGCCUUGACAUCCGGUGGUCACUCUUUGCGUUCACCCUCUGCGUGACAGCGGUCCUUUCAAUGACAGUGACCUCGGCGCCAGUCUUCUAUAGCGUCACUUUCUUCAUAGUCUGGUUCCAAGUCGCCAUGGCAUCCGACCCACCUGGUUCUGGGAGCUUCUAUGGCCUGUUGCAAGUUGGUCUGGGUCGUUUUCUCCCAGGCGCUUUCGUCGGCUUUGUGCUGUACUACUUCUGCGUGCGCAAGACUCUCGGCAACCUCGAGGCACACGCGGACAAAACCAUCCUGUGGCUGGGUGGCUGCUGGGUCGGUGCCCUGAAUACCGAUACCUUCGACCGCAUCCCCAUCUCCCGUCUCACACCCCACGACCUCAAACAGCAACCGGGCGCCGUCACGGCCCUGAUCAUCAUCAUAAGCAUUCUCAUCAUUGUCAUCUUCAUCCAAGCAUACGCCUUCCGCCGGGAGGGCCGUAUGCUGCCCAUGUUGGGUCUCUAUGGCAUCAUGUCAGCCGGCAUCAUCACGCUCAUUCUGGUACCAAACAUGAACCUCCGCAUCCACCACUAUAUCCUGGCACUCCUCUUACUCCCAGGCACAACGCUCCAAACCCGACCCAGCCUUUUAUUCCAGGGCAUCCUUGUCGGCUUGUUCAUCAACGGCAUCGCCCGCUGGGGCUUCGACUCUAUUCUCCAAACACCUGCAUCCCUCCUGGAUGGAGCUCGUUUGGGCACCACCCCACCCCCAGUCACUCCACCGCGCGUAGAAGACCAGAACCACCUUGUUUUCUCGUUCCCUGAAAUACCUUCGCAUGUCGAUGGCAUGGGCGUGAUCAUCAACGACGUGCUGCGAUACAAGGAGUUCAAGCCGAAAGGUGGCGGCUCUCUGCCGGAUUUCAGCUGGUCACGCCAGCACGACAACCAGCCCGAAUACUUCCGCCUUGGGUAUGUCCAUCUCAAUGCGUUGGGCGGGGUCUGGUAUGAGGAUUUCUCGGCUGCCUCGACGUGGGCUGUCGAUGGGAACUUUUUCUAUCCCACGUAG